UCAGGAAUGUGCGUCCCCUGCGCGCUCAGAGAUCAUGUACUGGAUGCGCCCACUUUAUUUUUAACCCGGCAGGGUGGGUCAGUCGCUGGCUUUCGGGAAUGACCGUUGAGCGCGCGGCGCCUACAGCCCCUUUCCCUCGUGCAGGACCGUGUCCUCCUCGCGCUGUGGAGACCUCCGUCCGCUCUGACCAGGACCCCCGCUGCUUCAAUGGGAUUAUAAUUGGUUUAUUGGCAGGGAGAAGACGCAACAUAAACACUUUAGGACAGGAACAACAUCCAGAAGCGAUUUCAGAUUACCUCCGGUGUUCGAGGUCCAUCUCAUCAUUUCGUCCCCUUCAUUAAUUCCCCUACACACUCUGACCACCUGAGGACGCCGCCUGCCGUCCCCUCAAACGUUUGCCAAGCUGGCCACCGCCAUGACUUCCACCACAGACUUUGACAAUGCGGAAAUCACGCAGCAGUACAGCCGCAUUAACACCCGCUUCGACAUCACCGAUGAGGAACUGGACAAUGACAACAGCUCUGCCAGGCUGUUUGAGCGCUCGCGCAUCAAGGCCCUCGCAGAUGAGCGUGAGGCGGUUCAGAAGAAGACCUUCACUAAAUGGGUCAACUCAAUCCUGUCCCGGGUCGGCUGUCGCAUCUCUGACCUCUACCUGGACCUGCGGGAUGGACGCAUGCUCAUUAAACUACUGGAGGUGCUGUCCGGUGAACGACUGCCAAAACCCACUAAGGGCCGAAUGCGUAUCCACUGUUUGGAGAAUGUGGACAAGGCUCUGCAGUUCCUCAAAGAACAGAGAGUCCACUUGGAGAACAUGGGCUCCCACGACAUCGUCGAUGGCAACCAUCGCCUCAUCCUCGGCCUCAUCUGGACCAUCAUCCUUCGCUUCCAGAUCCAGGACAUUAUUGUGGAAACGGGCCAGGAGGACCAGAAGGAGACGCGCUCAGCCAAGGACGCUCUUCUUCUGUGGUGCCAGAUGAAAACGGCAGGAUAUCCCAACGUCAACAUCACAAACUUCACCACCAGCUGGAAAGACGGCAUGGCCUUCAACGCUCUCAUACACAAACACCGGCCGGAUCUGGUGGACUACGGCAAUCUGAAGAGGUCCAACCCGACCCAUAACCUCCAGAGCGCCUUUAACGUAGCAGAGCAGCAGCUUGGCGUGACCAAACUGUUAGACCCUGAAGAUGUGUUCACAGAGAACCCAGACGAGAAGUCCAUCAUCACGUACGUCGUGGCAUUUUACCACUACUUCUCGAAGAUGAAGCAGCUCGCCGUUGAAGGCAAGAGAGUUGGAAAGGUUCUGGAUCACGCCAUUGAGACAGAGAAGAUGAUCGAUAAGUACGAGACGCUGGCGUCAGACCUGCUGACGUGGAUUGAGCAGACCAUCAUCGUGCUGAAUAACAGGAAACUUGCCAACUCUUUGACUGGAGUUCAGCAGCAGCUUCAGGCCUUCAACACCUACCGCACUGUAGAGAAGCCGCCCAAGUUCCAGGAGAAAGGAAACCUCGAGGUGCUGCUGUUCACCAUCCAGAGCCGUAUGAGGGCAAACAACCAGAGGGUCUACACGCCUAAAGAGGGAGCCCUGGUCGCUGAUAUCAACAGGGCCUGGGAGCGUCUGGAGAGGGCGGAGCACGAGCGGGAGCGUGUCCUGAGAGACGAGCUGAUCAGACAGGAGAAGCUGGAACAGAUGGCGAGAAGAUUCGACAGGAAGGCUGCCAUGAGGGAGACCUGGCUCCUGGAGAACCAGAGACUCGUGGCUCAGGAUAACUUUGGUUACGACCUGCCAGCUGUUGAGGCAGCAAAGAAGAAGCACGAUGCCAUUGAGACGGACAUUGCCGCGUAUGAGGAGCGUGUCCAAGUCCUGGUGGACAUCUCAAAGGAGCUGGAGUCUGAGAGAUACCAUGAUGCCAAACGCAUUGACGUGCGCAAAGACAACAUCCUGCGUCUGUGGGACUACCUGCAGGAGCUGCUGAAGGCUCGCAGGGCGCGUCUGGAGAAGAACCUGACCCUGCAGAGGAUCUUCCAGGAGAUGCUGUACAUCAUUAACUGGAUGGACGAAAUGAAGGCUCGACUCUUGUCUCCUGACUUUGGAAAACACUUGCUGGAGGUGGAAGACUUGUUACAGAAACACGCUCUGUUAGAGAACGACAUCGCUCUGCAGGCAGAGAGGGUGCAGAACGCCAGUGCUGCUGCUCUCAAGUUCGCCAAUGGAGACACCUACAAGCCAUGUGACCCUCAGGUGAUCCGUGAAAGGGUGCAACACCUGGACUUGUGCUACCAGGAGCUUUGUGCCCUGGCAGCCCAGCGGAGAGCUCGCUUGGAGCAGUCCCGCCUCUUCUGGAACUUCCUUUGGGAGGUGGCGGAGCUGGACAGCUGGAUAAGAGAGAAGGAGCACAUCUUCUCCUCCCUGGAUUAUGGCAAGGACCUGACGAGUGUGCUGGUGCUGCAGAGCAAACACAGCGCCUUCGAGGACGAGCUCGGAGCCCGACGCGCCAAUUUAGAGCAGGUCAUGGCUGAGGGAGAUAAGAUGAUCAAGGCCAAACACUUUGGCUCCCCGAAAGUCCAAGAAUGCAUGGAUGACAUCGGGAGGCAGUGGCAGCAGCUGGAGGAGCUGGCCGCGUUUCGUAAACAGAACCUCCAGGACACACAGAGGUUCUUUCAGUUUCAGGGAGACGCUGACGACCUCAAAGCCUGGCUGCUGGACGCCAAGAGGCAGAUGAGCAGCGACGACGUGGGUCACGACGAGUACACCACCCAACGGCUGCUGAAAAAGCACAAAGACCUGAGGAAUGAAGCGAUCAAGAACGGAGCCACUAUAGAUGCCCUCUCUAAACAGGCCAACGUGCUGCCAGAGGAGCUACAAAACACUCCUGAUAUCCAGAGACGUCUGAAGGACAUCAAGGACCUGUACAUGGAGCUCAUGUCUCUGGCCGACCUGAGACAGAAAAAGCUGGAUGACACCAUGUCCCUCUACACCAUCUUCAGUGAAACGGACGCCUGUGAGCUUUGGAUGGGUCAGAAGGAGACGUGGUUGGUGGGUUUGGAGGUGCCUGAGAAGCUGGAGGAUCUGGAAGUCGUACAAAAUAGGUUGAGCAUUCUUGCUCAAGACAUGGCAAAUGUUCAGUCGAGGGUCGAUGACGUCAACAAAGCUGUGAAACAGCUUGAGGACAGCAGACACCCUCGCACCAAAGAGAUCAAAGAAUGUCAGACACGACUGAAUAAGAGGUGGGAGGCCUUUAAGGCGAUGGUGGAGGACAAGAAGAGGAAGGUGGAUUCAGCCGUCAGUCUGAACAACUACGGGCUAGAGUGUGACGAGACAGAGACCUGGAUCAAAGACAAGACACGGGUGAUCGAGUCCACACAGGACUUGGGCAACGAUCUGGCAGCCGUCAUGACCAUCCAGAGGAAACUGUUUGGCAUGGAGAGAGAUUUGGCUGCCAUCGACACCAAACUCACCUUCCUGAGGAAAGAGGCCGACCAGCUGGCUAAGGACCACCCGGAGAACGCAGGUGACAUCUUGGCCCGCAGAGGGGAGCUGGACGCCGCCUGGGACAUCCUAAGAAAGACCCUGAAAGACAGAGAGGACUCUUUGGGUGAGGUCAGCAAGUUACAGACCUUCCUCCAGGACAUGGACGACUUCCAGUCCUGGCUUUUCAAGACCCAGAAGGCCGUGGCGUCAGAGGAAAUGCCCGCCACGCUGCCGGAGGCCGAGGAGGAGCUCAGCCUGCAUGACGCUGUGAGAGAAGACAUUAACAACCAUGAGGAGGACUAUCACCGUGUGAGGGACACUGGCGCUCAGGUCACCCAGGGUCAGGAGGAUGAUCCUCAGUACCAGCAGCUUGACCAGAGGCUGAAGGGUCUGGACCGCGGCUGGGUCGAACUGCAGAAGAUGUGGGACAGCCGCAAGAACUUCCUGGAUCAGGGUCUGGGCUUCCAGCAGUUCAUGAGGGACGGUAAAGCUGUGGAGGCCAUCCUCAACAACCAGGAGUACACCCUGGCGCACAUAGACAAGCCCGACACCUUGGCGGGAGCAGAGAAAGCUUUGAAGAAGCAUGAGGACUUUGUGAGCACCAUGGAAGCCAACGAGGACAAGAUUGAUGGCGUUCUGCAGGGCGGACAGCGGCUGGUGGACAGCAACAACCUGUACUCUGGGAAAGUGCAGGAGAAAAUGGACUCAGUCCGAGACAGGCACAACAAGAAUAAGAGAAGAGCCCAGGAGGUGUCAGAAAAGCUCAGAGACAACCGGGACCUGCAGCACUUCCUGCAAAACACCCAGGAUCUGACUGUGUGGAUCAACGAGAAGAUGCUGACAGCUCAGGACACGUCGUACGAUGAGGCGAGAAACCUCCACAGCAAGUGGCUGAAACAUCAGGCCUUCAUGGCCGAGCUGGCCUCCAACAAGGACUGGCUCAACAAAGUCGACCAGAAAUCCUCUGCGCCCGGCAGAGCUCAACCAAUCAGAGGGAGGCUCUUCUCAGCGUCAAUCAAUGCUCGUGCACACGCUGCGCAGCCUCCCUCCCUCGCGCACCUCACUACUGUCAGCUCGCGUCCUCGGAAGGAGAAUAACGAUACAAUGGCCGAGAAACAACCACCAGCUAUGAAAAAACGACUCAUUCCUCAGCUGACAGCAGGAUACACGGCGAAGACGAAAAGCGAGCUAAAAGGAAAAAAUUCAACCGAGCAGGAGGCACAAUGACUGUGAACACCGGAGCUGCUUUUCCGGGACGGCGACACCUUAAAAGGACUCCAAACCGACGGGCCGACAUUACCACUGAGACAAAGACUGGCCUUUGCUUCAGGAAUCAAAUCCUCCAGCACUAUUUUUUAACAUAUCUUAUGUUAACAUAUUAUAGUUUUUUAUAUAUAUAUAUUUAACACACUUUGUAGCAUGAUUCACAUAUUUGUAAAUAACCUUUUUUUGUAUGAUGCACAUACUUUUGAAUACAUUUUUUAUAUUAGAUGUAUUAUUAACUUUGCUUGUAUAUAGUAUGAGAGCAACUGUAACAUGUCACAAUUUUGCCCUGGGGAUCAAUGAAGUAUUUAUGAUUGUAUUUAGACCAUAAAUUUGUUACAUACCCUGUAUUCUA